AUGAAUUUAACUAAAGUGACAGAAGAUUUUUCUUCAGCAUUAAUGGAAAAAAUGCUUGCUUCACGUUUAGAUUUAAAAGAUUAUGUUUUACAAAAUGCUCGUCAAGGUGAUAUUCAAAAUAUAAUUGAUACAAUUGAUCGUUAUGGUUGGACUAAACAUUGGUUAAUGAAUAUUGGUGAUCGAAAAGGAGAAAUUCUUGAUCAAGCUAUUCAAAUAAGAAAACCAAAAACUAUUCUUGAACUUGGUACUUUUCUGGGUUAUAGUGCAUUGAGAAUUAUUUCUCAAUUACCAGAUGAUAUUCUUUUGAUUACAAUUGAAGCUGAUUCUCAAUCUGCUGAAAUUGCUCGUACUAUUCUUGAAUAUGCUGGUGUAAUUAAUCGUGUAAAAAUUAUUAAUGAUUAUACAGAAAAUGUUAUUCCUAAUUUAAGUAAAAAUUUUAAUAUUGAUUCAUUUGAUUUUAUAUUUAUCGAUCAUUGGAAAGAUGCAUAUUUACGUGAUUUUAAAAUGCUUGAAAAUAUUGGAUUAAUUAAAAGUAAAACAAUGAUUGUUGCUGAUAAUGUUAUUCGACCAGGUGUACCAGAUUAUUUAGAAUAUGUUCGAAAUAAUCCAAAUUAUACAUCAACAUUUUAUCCAGGAAAAAUUGAAUAUCGAGAAGAUUUAGAUGAUGGUAUUGAAAUAUCAAUUCGAAAAUAA